AUGCACAAGACCCGGCCUGCACCACCACCCACUGGCCAUGCACAAGACCCGGCCUGCACCACCACCACUGGCCAUGCACAAGACCCGGCCUGCACCACCACCACUGGCCAUGCACAAGACCCGGCCUGCACCACCACCACUGGCCAUGCACAAGACCCGCCUGCACCACCACCACUGGCCAUGCACAAAGGGGGCCUGCACCACCACCACUGGCCAUGCACAAGACCCGGCCAGCACCACCACCCAACUGGCCAUUGCACAAGACCCGGCCUGCACCACCACCACUGGCCAUGCACAAGCCCGGCCUGCACCACCACCACUGGCCAUGACCCACCACCACCACUGGCCAUGCACAAGAAGCACCACCACACUGGCCAUGCACAAGACCACCACCACCACUGGCCAUGCCACACAAGACCGCCAGCACCACCACCACUCGGCCAGCACAAGACCCCCUGGCCUGCACAAGACCCACCACCACACCACUGGCCAUGCACAAGACCCGGCCUGCCCACCACCACUGGCCAUGCACAAGACCCGCACCCACCACACCACUGGCCAUGCCAAGACCCGGCCUGCACCACCACCACUGGCCAUGCACAAGACCCGGCCUGCACCACCACCACUGGCCAUGCACAAGACCCCGGCCAGCCACCACCACCACUGGCCAUGCACAAGACCCGGCCUGCACCACCCACCAUUGCACCACCACCAUGGCCAUGCACAGACCCGGCCUGCACCACCACCACUGGCCAUGCACAAGACCCGACCACCACCACCACCACUGGCCAUGCACAAGAUCCGGCCUGCACCACCACCACUGGCCACAUGCCACAACCACCCUGGCCUCCACCACACACUGGCCAUGCACAAGACCCGGCCUGCACCACCACCCACUGGCCAUGCACAAGACCCGGCCUGCACCACACCACUGGCCAUGCACAAGACCCGACCACCACCACCAACCACUGGCCAUGCACAAGACCCACCACCACAUGCCAUCCCACCACCACCACUGGCCAUGCACAAGACCCGACCAUCACCACCACCACUGGCCAUGCACAAAGACCGCCCAUCACACCACACUGGCCAUGCACAAGACCCGCCUGCACCACCACCACUGGCCAUGCACAAGACCGACCUGCACCACCACUGGCCAUGCACAAGACCCGGCCUGCACCACCACCACUGGCCAUGCACAAGACCCGGCCUGCACCACCACCACUGGCCAUGCACAAAGACCCACCACCACCACCACCACUGCCAUGCACAGACCGGGGGCCCUGCACACCCCGACCACCACCACCACCACUGGCCAUGCACAAGACCCGACCAGCACCACCACCACUGGCCAUGCACAAGACCCGACCAGCAGCGACAGAGGACCCAGCUAGUUCGAGCGUAACGACCUGGUUAUGCGGGAGAAAGGGAGAGACUGGCAAGCAGGCGGAGAGCGAAAGUAAGAUGCUGUCCCGGCGAGAACGUAAGAGGAAGCAUGAUAACAGUGCAUGGAAUAUUCAGAGGGAUUUGUGCGGAGAGCUUAAUUUAGAAAGAGCAAACACGUGGUACGAACGUAAACCGGAGGGACUUACGAGGAAAGGAAAAUAUCAAAGUACUGUGGGAUUGACUCACUCGGUGCGACCAUGA